UGACACUGCAUCGCGUUAAUGUAAAUCUCAACUUUUCCUGAAGUGCGGUGGGAGUGGAAAGUGAGUGUGGUGCGGACGUAAAUAAACAUUUUCGCGGAGGAACAUAACCUGCAAGUGCUGAGUGGCGCCAAAAAAUGGUGCGCGAUAUUUUUCAUUUUCGGGCCGAGCGCCUAGCUCAAGACUUAAUCCUGAGUAGUACUCACCGCGUUCUAGGGAAGUUGGCGCAAUACCUCACCAGCUUCCAAUUGGACGGGAUUCGGUUUUUGUACAAAAAUUUCGAGAACAACCAAGCUUGCAUUUUGAACGACGAAAGUGGGCUUGGGAAAACAGCCCUGGUCGGUGCAUUCCUGAGUGCGGUUCUCCCGCCCGACAACUCCAAGCGGUGCCUGAUUAUCGUGAAGAACGCCGAACGCAUCCGCAACUGGCAGUUCCACCUGGACGCGCUGACCAAGCUGCGCGUUAAGCUGUUGGCCGAGGAAAACGAAAUCGGAAGUGAUAACAAUGUCUUCCUCGUCACUUGGGAAAACCUGCGGAAGUCGCCCGGCAUGGCUAAGGCGGUGUUCAACUGCGUCAUUCUGGACGAUAGAGACGACUUGACCACCUCCAAGGCAUGUCUGAACUUUUUCCUGAGACAUUUCGAGAACCGGAUCUCAUUGAUUGUGGCCAGUUCCGAUGUGACUUUGGAUAUCAAACAAUUGCACAGCCUUCUGCGGUUGUGCGGAAGACUUGACGCGAAAUAUCAGAAGUUGAAGGUUUUCGAAGAGAAGUUUUCAUUGCCUAAGCCAGAAGGCAGAUUAGCGGAGGACCGAGCGGUAUUGGAAGCGUAUUUCCAAAGAAGGGAGAAGAUUUUGAACUAUUGCAGAGACUUUCGCUUACGCCGAUACAAGCAUCAAUUCGAAGAUAUACUCCCACUAGUCACCCCAUCAGAAUACGAGAAAAGCCUGCAGGAAUGGCAAGAAAAAGAAUUUUCAAAAUCCUUAUCCAGCAGCUCUGGUUCACUUAAAGUUCUCAGCUCGUCAUCAGAAAAAAACACGGAAGAGCUCUUCCAAACAUAUUUCGAUCCAAAAACUGAAAAUCUCCUCAACAAUGAGGUACAAAAAAUCAACGAAAAUGCAAUAAACUCGGAAGCAGACAAGGAGAAAAUAAUACACGAUACUGAAGACAUGUCACCAUUGUUAUUCGAAUCUGACACCGAAGAACUAUCUAUCAUUCCUCCGGCAAAAUUCAAUGAAGUUGAAAGCAAACCCACGCAACCAAAUGUAAAACGACCGGCUGCCUUAAGAGUUCUACGGUCAUCAACCAGUGGAUCGUCAGGAGUGAAGUCCGAGAAAGAUAAAGCGCCGCAGCCCUCCCCUUCUGUCAAAACUUCUCAGAAAAAGAGUCGUCAUCAUCGCACAUCAGACAUAAAUGUAAGUCAAGAGAGAAUUGUUCGGAGCUUGCGAUCAGCCGAUCGGAAAACAAGACAGGCAAAAGGUGGUGCAUCUAGCCGAAAUGCUAUUGUCGAUGUUUUCCGCAUGAUUGAACGAGCUGAAGCCGAAGAAAAAAAGAUUAAGAAAAAGAAACGAAAAGCAAGUCCUGCAGUGGCAAAGCAAGAGGCACAGGAGCCGUUGAAUGUGAGCUCGGACAGCGAAAGUGAAAUUGGUGAAGGCGAGAAAUUGGAAUAUCAUCCAGAUCCCGAAGCAAAAAUUAUAGAUCAAGCAAAACAGCUUGAUACUUCGCCAAAUUCAAACUACAAUUUUAACAUUGAUUUUCUUAGUAAGACGUUAGCUCCUCCGGACUCAAGUGAAAUUCACAUAUAUUCGCCGCCUGAGCAAAUAGUCAUUCUAUCGAGUUCAACCGAGCACAGCGAGGAUACGGUGCCCCGCAUCAGCAGUACCACUUCACGGAAAGUUAUACAAUCGGGAACUAUAUCUCCAUCGCCGGAUAUCUUUGAAAAUUACGAUGAAUACGAUUUCUUCUGCUCGCAAAGAGGCAAGUCUCCGAGAUCUCGUAGUCUUUUAUACAACCCUCAAAGGGCAUCAAGUAAAAAGUCGGCACCAUCCUGUCUCGAGCGAUUAAGUGGAGAUUAUUCCGGAACGAAUAAAACAAAUAAUUAUCUUUUCUCGGGCAUAUUGGCAGAUAUGGUAGAAAUUCAUACUCCAAACUUAGGAAAAACCACCUGGAAUUGCGAUUCGCAUCGAAAUAAAAUCACCAAAUAUCUCUCGUCUCAGUCGUUUGAUUCUACACAGUCCAACAGGCCUGAUACCACGACUAAAGACUUUGACAAUUUCCUACAAACUCCCAAGCGACGAAUGAGCUCGGUAUCGCAGAAGGGAUCUCCAGCAAUUUCUAAGAAGUCACCAAAAUCACAGCGUCACACUCCUGUGACGCCCAAUGGACUGACAAAGUGGCUUAUAAAAAAGACUCCCGCAAACGGCGCUCCGCAGGAAGGCAGUUCAAAGCCAGCAAAACGUAAGAGGCUGGACCUCUGGUUUACAGACUAAUAUUCGUAGUUUGGAAGUGAUCGUUUUCGCUGAAUUUUUAUUGGAAUUUUAGUGCAAAUUUUGAAAACUAAUCAAAAGUCGGUUCUGGUUUUGAAUCGAAAUGUCUUUCGAAUUCAGUCUAGAGAAAGCGAGGUUGGAGUUGUAAAGGCAAAUAGUAUGUCGAUUACUAUAUCAAGCGGAAUUAAGAGGAAUUAGUGUUUCAUUAUGGACUUCUACCUAACAACGCUGUGGUAUUUUUUAAGAUUAGACAUGAAAACUAAUAAUAUAUUUUAAAAUACUUUAAAGAGGUGCGAGAUUACAUUCGAGAUUCUAUGAAAAUAUAUAUUUUAUCUAAUUACAAUCAA